AUGUCUUCGAACCGACCAGAUGCCCUCGAUCUGAGGUCAAAAUCCCAAGCUUCCAUUUCACGCCCACUCCGAUCCCCCCGUCUCCAUGUUGCCGGUGAAAUCCCUCCCGAACGCUCACCACUUGAGGAGCUGGUCCAUCAUACUGUACUGCUUCAGCGGCAAUUGGAGGAAUCUGCAAAGAACGGUCGGCGCAUAAGUCGGCUACCUCCCUUGACUCCAGAGAGCCCUUUGAUUGUCCAGACCAGGUCCGAAUAUUAUCGGUCACGCUCCCAAGACUCUCAUCACAACGACGACGAUGAUCACAGCGUUCUCGAUAGGCAUGAUAAUGGCAACAGUAACCACUUAGGCCUCGGCUUGAGGACGGAGGAGGUCGAUGUCAACAACCGGCCGAGAUCCGUGCAUCCAACCCUCGGACAGAUCGACCCGGUCACUGAUCAGUCGAUCCCUGUGCCAGCUAUACCAACUCAGUUUAUGGAUUCCUCCAGAGGCAGACAGCCGAGUGACGCUGGUGAGAAUGGCGGUUACUUUGGCGUCGGGGCACGGCGAGAGCAAUCUCCCGGGCCAAUCGAACGUAAGCCUUCUGAUCUCGAGAAGGUUAUAACGAAUCAGUCCGGUGCAACAGCCAAUCAUGACGGCAGUCAGAAGCCAUCGCCAUCACCUGCUACUGGCCCUUGCUUAACCAACUCACCUGAGAGAUAUGGGGGCAAGAGCUCGUUUGACGGCGGCAACCUGGUUCCUCCCCGGCCGCUGUUCACCAAGCGCAGCUCGAGCUUACAGUCCUCCCCCCUCGAAUCAACCGAUGAGGAAUUCAAUAGCUCGCUAAGCACAUCGAUGCACUCGCAGAGCUCACGCAAGUUUUCCACUAGUAGUGGUGUUAUGUCCCCUGCUUAUGGCUCCUUUGGGCGUUCUCCUUCCAGUGCCUCGGACGCUUCUAUCCUGCCCCGACCGACUUUCAACUUUUCACGACCUCUCAGCCGAGCAGGAACGCCGAGCUUUGAUACAAGGCCUGAUAUGGUAGCACCGCCGGCGCGGCAGGCUUCCUGCGACAGCCAUACCUCUUUUCUGCCCGAGGAGAACGUGUGUACGCCUGUUAGCACCCGCAGCGAGGCAAACCGUGAAAUCAAUGGAGACAACGAAACUUCACCAGCACCGUCACACAUCUAUUCCAAAUUCAACUUGCCUCGUGGAAAGUCGGUUCAACGAAAUAUAUUUGAAGAUAUGAAUGGGGCAUCGUCCUCCUUGGAUGAGCAAGUCCCGUCGUCGCCGACCCAGAAAUCCUCAACCUAUCCACUGGUCGGGCAACCGCCACCGUCGCCACCGACUCGCCCUUCGAGCUCUGGAGGUGUCAGACAGACCGACGAUGAAAAUGCUAGGCGGCCGUCUUCGGAGAGGAGCAAGCUUCACGAUGUUCCUGCAUGCCUCCGACCUGCUCAACAACCGUCGCCCAACCCCAGUCGACCAUCGACUGAUGAUACUCGCCCUUCCAUGGACGAACCCAGAGGGCGAUCCACGGCCCCGAGGCCAUCGUUAUCGGCCGCUACCAGUGACUCAGCUAGUACCAUCAAGCCCAGCCACCACUCCUCGAAUCCCGUCGGGCCUGCUAUGGCUGAGCUUUCUGCUGAAGAGCAUGUCAGCAAGGCUAUUGCCCUUCAUGAGAACGGCUCCCUGCAGGAAUCGACAUGGCAUCUGCAGCAUGCUGCCAAGAUGGGCCAUCCAACCGGCAUGCUACUCUAUGCUCUCGCCUGUCGUCAUGGUUGGGGCAUGCGUCCAAACCCGCGAGAGGGUGUUGAGUGGCUGCGUCGUGCGGCUGAGUCGGCUCAUCUAGAGAUCGCUGAGGAUGAAGAGAUGGUUAAGGAAGGAAAACAUGUGGACUCGGCCGAGCGUAAGACGCGUAAGGCGCAGUUUGCGCUUAGCAUCUAUGAGUUGGGUGUGAGCCAUAUGAAUGGCUGGGGCGUAGAGCAGGAUAAGGCAUUGGCAUUGAGAUGUUUUGAGAUCGCUGCAUCUUGGGGUGACGUCGACGCGAUGGCCGAAGCUGGAUUUUGCUAUGCUCAGGGCAUUGGCUGCAAAAAGGAUCUUAAGAAAAGCGCCAAGUACUAUCGUGAAGCUGAGGCCAGGGGCAUGAGCAUGGUUGGGAACAGUUGGAUCCAUAAGCCGAAAUACGCGGACGAUCCUCCUAAAGACCAGCAGCGCUCCAAAUCCAGGACAAGGAAGAGUAUCUUCAGCCGGAGGAAAGAUGCGUGA